CGCGGCGGCUCCUCCGCCCAGGAGCUCAAUAACAGCCGCCCCGCCAGGCAGGUCCGCCGGCUGGAGUUCAACCAGGCCAUGGAGGACUUCAAGACCAUGUUCCCCAGCAUGGACUACGACAUCAUUGAGUGCGUCUUGAGGGCCAACAACGGCGCCGUGGACGCCACCAUCGACCAGCUCCUGCAGAUGAACCUGGACAGCAGUGGCUGCGACGACAGCUCGGACUCGGAGGACAGCAUCCCCCCCGAGAUCUUGGAGCGGACCCUGGAGCCGGACAGCUCGGACGAGGAGCCCCCUCCCGUCUACUCCCCUCCCGCCUACGAGAGCCAGGCAUUUGGCAGCCGCUACCCCCACGCGCCGCCCACCCCACCACCCAGGACGGACGUGCCGGGGCCUGGCAGCACCCUGGCACCUGGGCGCUACAGGAACUGGAACCCGCCGCUCUUGGGCAACCUCCCCGAGGACUUCCUCCGCAUCCUGCCCCAGCAGACCGCUGGCGCACAGUACCUAGAGGACGAGCGGAUCGCGCUCUUCCUGCAGAACGAAGAGUUCAUGAAGGAGCUCCAGAGGAACCGGGAUUUCCUCCUCGCGCUGGAGAGAGAUCGAUUGAAAUAUGAGUCAAAAAAAUCCAAGUCGACCAGUGUUGCUGUCAGCAGCGACUUUGGUUUCUCCUCCGUAAUAUCAGGUGACGUAGCCCCCUCUGUAACCAGCGAGGCCGGUGGUGCUGUGUCUGACGAUGCCUUAUUCAGAGACAAAUUGAAACACAUGGGAAAAUCCACGCGCAAGAAGCUAUUUGAACUUGCCAGAGCCUUCUCCGAGAAGACGAAGAUGAGGAAAUCGAAAAGAAAACACUUGUUGAAGCACCAGGUGCUGGGGACGGCGGCUUCCACGGCAAAUCUUCUCGACGAUGUCGAAGGACAUUCAUGUGAUGAAGACUUCCAAGCACGGAAGCAGCAGCUCCGGGAGGAGGAGGAGACGCCAAAGGAAGGGCAGUAAAUGGUCCCAGUGCUGGGGUUUAUUGCUGGCACAGAACGUGCGCAAGGCUUCAUAAGAAGAUGGCUGAAAAAG